CGUCGGGAGGGCGGCUCGUGAACGCGCGCUGGUGCUGAUGAGAGUCGCCUCGCUUCGUCUCCGCCGCGCUCCCGAGUAAACCACGAUAAGAAGGUCCUCCUGGUCUUUAGAGGAGUCAGUGACAUGAGUGUGUGUCUCCUCAGGCGUCUGAUGGGCGUCCCGCUGCUGUGUCUGCUGUGUCUGGAGUCUCUGGCCGUCAGCAGCGUGGGCCCCAGUAACUCGUCCAGCAGCUUCUGCAGCGAGUCCAGAGAAUGUCUUCAGUUUGAUCUGGUCUGCCGGACGGAGCAGUACGAGGUUCGUCAUUAUUCAGCCACGCGGUGGGUCUCUACUGAUGCUGAGGCCUAUUUCCUGGGCGUCGGCGCCGCGAUGGCCUUCAGACGCCUCUAUCACUAUAUAUCUGGAGCCAAUGAAGAGGGUGUGAGGUUUGAGAUGACGGCUCCGGUGCUCGUUGAAGUCCCAGAGGAAGUGAAGAUGUGGGAACCAGCCAUUUACACGCUCAGCUUCCUGCUGCCAUCAGCCUAUCAGGAGCGUCCGCCCACUCCCACCAACGACAAGCUGUAUUUCUCUGACAUGCCGGACAUGGAUGUGUAUGUGAGGAGUUACGGCGGCUGGAUGCUGUCAAUCACCUCCCGAGUCCACACCCACCUGCUGAGCAGAGCACUGCUGAGAGCCCACGCCCACUUUAACCACACCCACCACUACGCUCUGGGCUACGACAGUCCUCUGAAGCUGUUGAACAGACACAAUGAGGUGUGGUACGUGGUUGAAGGAGAUCCGGUCUGCGAAGAGGAACACACACCGCUCCCGACUGGCACACACUGACGGGAAGCAGAUGCUCGUUCUCUGACACAGUCUGAAUGUUGUGCUAUUAGCAAACACACACCGAAGGACUGCAGCGCUCCUCCUCCUCUCGCUCUCACACAGUAUUCCUGUAAUCCGCUUCAUUCAGCAGAUUUCUGUGUGUGUGUUUACAGCCGAGGAAUGUUCAUCGACGGCUAAUAAACUUUGCCUGCUCACACCUCUGUUUCUACAUCUUCAGUGCUUUGUGAACGGAGAGUUGACUGGUGAACACUAACGUUUAAUCACAUUGAGCAGGUUAAACGUGUGUCCUGUGUGACAGUAACACAACACAAAUAACACAUAUCAACAAAUCAGUACACAACAUUUCUAAAUGUUACACAAAACAGCACGUGUAGCAUAUUUCAGAUAUCUUACAUCAUGAUAUGGCAUGUUUUAGUCCAAAUUAAAACAUAAAAAGUGUUGGUUUGAAACUAAAUAUGUCUUUAAGUAUUUGGGGUUUUUUUUAUAAACAGCAAAUGUCAGAAUCUGAACAGCUGUUUAAAACAUGUUUCAUCUGCUCUGUGACGAGUCAGAAACUAAGACGCUCAGUUUUCACACAGAAUAUAUUCAGUUUGUUCAAUUUAAGACACUGCAGGUGAAUAAAGGAAAUAAAUAACUAUUUAA